AUGGAUCUGCCCGAAAACAUAGAUCUCUUGCGCGGCUGGCCGAACUACGCGCUUCUCCCCACCGCAGAUCUUCUCCGCUCCGCCACCACAGCGUUGACCACCCCCUCUAUUGCUGCCGAUGGGUUGGCAUAUGGCCCUGACGAGGGCUAUGAACCCCUACGUGUCCACAUAGCCCAGUGGCUGGAAUCAUUCUACCGCCCAACAGGCCGCAUUACCUCCAGCCGCAUCUGUAUCACGGGCGGUGCGAGCCAGAACCUCGCCAUUGUGCUACAGGUCUUUACAGACCCGGUGUACACGCGGAAUGUCUGGAUGGUCGAUCCAACCUAUCACCUGGCAUGCCGGAUGAUGGACGAUGCUGGCUUCGCGGGACGAGCACGUGCAGUACCGGAGGAUGGCGAGGGAAUUGAUCUGAAAUUCCUGGAACGGGGAUUGGAAGCGUCAGAGCGGGAGGCCAUAGACGCAGGGAAUGUAGAACCGAAACUCAAGCCCGCACGGCCCUGGCGUAAGAUUUACAAGCAUGUCAUUUAUUGCGUGCCCACUUUUGCAAAUCCAUCUGGGAAAAUCAUGUCUCUUGGCCAUCGUGAGCAGCUGGUGCGAUUGGCUCGCAAAUACGACGCGCUCUUGGUUACGGACGAUGUUUAUGAUUUUCUCCAGUGGUCGUCAACGACUGAUGGUGAACUCAAAGACCCUGAUCUCGCAUUUGUCCCCCGUUUGGUUGAUGUGGAUAGGUACCUUGAUGGUGGGCCGUUAGACGAUUGGGGCCACACAUUAAGCAACGGCAGCUUCAGUAAAUUAAUUGGACCCGGGGCCCGCACUGGAUGGGCCGAAGCAUCCGACAAGAUUGCAUAUGGAUUGUCUCAAGCUGGAUCGUCUCGCUCGGGUGGAGCACCGUCGCAACUCGCGUCAACUGUUGUUGACCAGCUUUUUCCAGACUUUUUGCCUCAGUAUCUUCGACAUAAACUACAGCCGGCAUAUGCCGAGCGGUAUCAUGCCAUAAUGGCAGCCAUUCAGAAGUAUCUUGUCCCGCUCGGUGCCAGUGCCGACGCACCCUCGGCGACCGUUGCAGGCGGGUAUUUCAUAUGGAUCACUCUGCCGUCUCCCAUUCUUGCAGCCGAUGUGGUCAAGCGAGCGCGGGAUGAAGAAAAUCUCACAUUAGGAUCUGGCACCGUUUUCCAGGUUGCUGCGGAUCUGCAGCUGGCGACCAAUCGGUUUCAAGAUAGCCUUCGUCUGUGCUUUGCCUGGGAAGAACCGGGUAACCUCACUGAGGGAGUGCGUAGGUUUGGCCGCGUGCUCGCGAGGCUGAUUCAUACCUAA